AUGUCUUUCCUGAGGAAUUGGUUCGGUACUACUACCACGGCCCCCGAGGUCCAGAAGGAGCAGAAGACGCCUGUUCGCGCCCUUCCUGCUUCCUGGUAUACUUCCCAGGAUAUGUAUGAGCUUGAGCGACGAUCAAUCUUCUCUCGCAAAUGGCUCCUCACCACGCACAAGCACCGCGUCCCCAACGCCGGUGACUGGGUCCAGUACGACGCUGCUGGCUACAAGUUCAUCGUCUCCCAGGACGAGCAGGGAAACAUCAAGGCCUACCUUCAUGACAACGACCUCUCUCCGGUUCAUGUGCACAUCGACCGUAACGGCUUCAUCUGGGUCAAUCUUGAUUCCAAGGAGACCCCCGAGGUCGCCUGGAAGGACGACUUUGACGGUGUCGACGAGCAGCCCCGCUUCGACUACUACAACUUCGAUAACUACUACUUUGAUCACACUUGGGACAUGGAGGGCGACUUCAACUGGAAGAUUCUGGCCGAUAACUACAACGAGUGCUAUCACUGCCAAGUUGCCCACCCCGAUAUUCCGACUAUCGCCGAUCUGAACUCCUAUUAUGUCAAGACUAAGGACGGUCACAUUCAGCACUAUGGCGCUCAGCGCCAGGACCAGAUCGACAAGGGCUUCCGGAUAGCCACUACCUACUUCUGGCCCAACGCCUCUUGCAACGUCUCGUGGGUAGCCCUAUACAUUAUAUCAACUGUAUUUGUCGAGAACAACCAGCUAACCAACCAUCAAAGUCCCAACUUCUUCUUCAUGCAGCGCUUCACUCCCGUCAGCCCCACAAAGUCCGUCAUGCGCUACGAAGUCUACCGCCACAAAGAUGCCACCGACGAGGCCUUCAACCUCAUCAGCGACAUGUACAAGCGCAUCAUGUCCGAAGACAAGUACCUGUGCAUCCACACCCAGAAGAACCUCAACGCCGGCGUCUUCGUCAACGGUCUCCUACACCCAGAUAUGGAGAUGGGCCCACUGCACUUCCAAAGCACCGUCCGAGAAGUCGUCACCGAGCACUUCAGCAAGGAGCAAGCUGCUGGUCACGAAAUUUGGCCCGCCAAGCCGGUGAUUUCCAGCACCGAUGUUCCAGCCAUUGAUGAGAGUGAUAUCGCGUUCCGAACGGGCAUGGACACCUACGCGGACGCGGAUAAUUUGCAUGAGUCGCUAACUGGAAAUCUUGCACCGGCUAUUGUUGUUUAG